AAUUCAUCAUCAUAAGAAAUUGCGUUUUGGCUGCUUUGCCUCGCAACAUUCGUCUAACGAUAUAAUAUGGCAGCUAUGCAAAGAAGUUUUAUGAACGUUGUUUCGAAAAGUAGGAAUCUUGUUGGCAGUAACCCUCGUACUCCAAGUUGGAGUCUGAACCGCAACAGAACAGCAGAUCAGGCUCUACUCCUUGCGACUGAAAAUAACACUUCUUCAGGGGUUGAUUUUCAAGUGCGUUUUGCUAGUUUGAAAGCUGUAAGAAGUCGUAUGCGUUCUGUUGCUUCUAUCUCGAAGAUUACCAAAGCUAUGAAGAUGGUUGCAGCUGCCAAAUUGAGAGGUGUUCAAGCUCGUCAAGAGAGUUCGAAGCCUUUUACUGCAGGCUUGAAAAGUUUUUUAAAGUCUACUUUUAGUGAGAUAGAAGGAAAAGAAACCUCGGGUAACCAUCUUAUCGUCGCUGUUACUUCGGAUCGUGGUUUAUGUGGAGGAGUAAACAGCAAUGUGGUUCGUGAAAUUCGCAAGUUGCUUCACGAAGAUAAACAAAAUCAAUAUGCUAUUUUGCUUUGUGGGGACAAAGGUAGAGAUGGCUUGCAAAGACUAUAUCGCAAUCUAUUUGUUGUGACUAUCAAAGACGUUUUUCGUGCACCCGUGAAUUUUGCUCAGACUUGUGUUGUAGCUGAAGAAAUUUUCAAGCAAAAGUUCGAUUCUGUGGCUAUCUUUUACAAUCACUUUAAGAACGCUAUCAGUCAAGUAGUAACUAGAAAGGUCAUUCCUGGUUUGGAUAUCAUCUUGAAACAUGCAGAAACUUUUGAUAGUUAUGAGUUUGAGUCUGACAUGGAUUCUGCACAAACCUUGACUGAUUUGUAUGAAUUCCAAUUUGCAGUUCAACUGUUUGAUGCGCUUCUAGAAAAUGCCACUUCAGAACAAGCCGCACGAAUGUCUGCUAUGGACAAUGCUACCCGAAAUGCCAGUGAAAUGUAUCAAAAGUUGACUUUGACUUAUAAUCGUCAGCGUCAAUCGGUUAUUACCGGAGAAUUGAUUGAAAUUAUUUCUGGUGCCGAAGCACUCUGAAUAUGUUUUCAUAAAGUCAUCGAAAUAAUU